UGGGACCAGGCGGCGGAAAGCGGCCACCGGCGCGGCCAGCCCCGACCGAGAGCAUCGCAAUUCGCCGCAGCGCCGGCGCAGGCCAGGACACCCCCCCCGGGGGGCGCACGCAAGAACGAACCAACCCGCAGCCACGCACGGCACCACCCCGCCCGAACCGAAGCUGAUUGAUGCUGAGCGCAGCCAAAUCCAGCCGCUAGCCAUAGAUAGCCAGCCCAUAGGAAUAUCGCCAAGAAUUCUCCCCGUCUCCCCGUCUUCCUCUCUCUCGUCUCCUCCCUCGUUCCGGAUCCACCGCCGCAGCCUUAGCGGGCCCCGUCGCUGUCGCUCCGCCUCCCGCCCGCUCGCGGCUCGCUUGCCGGGGGGCCUCUGAUUCCCCGGACGGCGCCUGUGCAGGGCGGCCGUGACUUGAGGAGUGCUCUGCUGUGGUCCGCCCGGCGAUGGACCGGGGCCAGCGCCUCGGCCGCGCGCUGGACGCCUUCGGGGGCGACAUGUGGGCGCUGGUUGACGCCGCGCUGGACGCGGCCGCGCGGGACCGCCCCGACGACCUGCGCGCGCGCCGCGACGGCAUCGUCGAGCGCCUCUACGCCGCCGCCACCGCCGGCUGUAGCAACUGCGCCGGGCGUCCGCCGCCUCUUGCUGCUUUAGCGGCGGCGGGGCUGGAUGAGGAGGACGGCGAGGAGGCGGCUCCGGCUUCUUCAGCGGUGGCUUUGGAGGCGGAGGCUGACGCGCAAGCCGGUGGCGCAGAGGAGCGAGCAGAGGAGCUCGGCGCCGGCGCGCCCGGGCUCGAGAGCAAGAUCGUGGCCAUAAGGGACUUCUUGGAUGACCCCAAUCAGCCCGAGGACGAGCUGGUGCGCUUGCUGCAGAGCCUGGCAGACAUGGACGUCACCUACAGCGCCCUCCAGGAGACUGACAUCGGGCGGCAGGUGAAUGGUCUGCGCAAGCACUCUUCUGCCGAGGUCAGGCGACUGGUGAAGCAGCUGAUCAGGAAGUGGAAGGAGAUAGUGGACGAAUGGGUGCGCCUGCACAAUUCCGGCAGUGACGGCAGCGCCACAGUUAUGACUGAUGGUGACUCCCCAGAUAAAAUCCAAGGCAGGAGCCACCAAAGCCCUCGGGUUUCAGGAUUUCAGUAUUCUCCCAGCCCACAGAGGCAAAAUGGUUCAGCUUCAGAGAGGGCUAUCAAUGGGUUUGAUUCAACAAUGGAUGCAAAGCGUAGGGCCAGCCCUGUACCAGCACAUCAUAAUUCCAAGCAGAUGAACAACAACCAUAACUCUGCUACUACUACGUCAUCUGCUCCAGCUUUUUCUGUGCAGAAAGUGACAAGGGAGCAAAGGCAGAGUCUUUUGGACCUUGACAAGCUUGACUCUGCUAGGAAGAGGCUCCAGGAGAAUUAUCAAGAAGCACAAAAUGCCAAAAAGCAGAGGACAAUCCAAGUGAUGGACAUCAAUGACAUACCGAAGCCAAAAAACAGAAACGCCUUCAUCCGCAAGAGCGCCAGCAGUGGGCUCCCGGCGAGGAACCGAUAACCUAGCCUUCAUCGGCUGGACAUUUGCGCCACUUGCAAACUUGUUCCCUAGAACCGCAACGGGGAAAGAGAAAGAAGCAAACGGUUUCUUGUUCUUGUUCCCCGUGUCUUGAUUGCCUAGGCUUUACCUCCAGCGUAAUAUUGUCAGAAGUCAGGUACAUAAGAGUGAACUCAUAUGAUGUUUCUCGAGGAGAAAGAAUAGAAAUUAGGCACUGGUUUUGCUAUCCUUUUGGUUGCUGCUAUCGCUGUUGGUCAGUGGUGGAUACAGUAGUA